AUGGCAUUACUUGAAGAUCCAACAAUUCAACGUAUACUUAAUGAAGUUAAUAAAGCAGCUAGUGGUGGAGUAUUUGGUCUUGCUGGUAAUUAUAUAUCUGAAUCACCAAAACCAAUGACACAAAUUAAUAUGCCAAAAGUCAAUAAUUUCUACACUCAUCAACAACAAACACCACUUUUUUAUCCACCACCGGAUAUGUUUGGUAUUGAUGGUGUAUCAAAUUUUGAUCAAAAUCUUGAUUUACAUUCAUUAGAAUCUAUUGUACCAAUAGCUACACCAAAUAAUUUUGAUCUUUAUAGUUCAGGUUUUUAUAAUACAAUGCCACAAAAUAUCAUGUCACCAUAUGAAAAUUAUAAAAAUGAUAUAUUAAAUAAUACUAAUAAUACUAAUAAUAACAAUAAUAAUAAUAAUAAUAAUAAUAAAACUAAACCAAUACGUAGAGCAUCAAGUGUUUCAUCAACAAAUAAUGACAUAUUAUUAGAUCAUCAUCGUCAUCAAGAAUAUCCAACAAUACCACCAAAAUUGACAUCUGCUAUGCCAAAUCUUGGUUUAAAUUUACGUACAACACCACAAUUAGAUUCUAUACCUGUCAAUGUAGGUGAAACAAUUGAUGAAGGUAUAUCAAAUGAAACAACAGAUAUAGCAACAGCAUCAAUUGAUUUAUUAGCUGAUAAAGAUGAUAAUAAUUCUUUACCACCAAAUAGUAAUAAUGAUGAAAUUGAUCCACCACCUCAUAUAUCUUCAGCUGGUCGAAUUUUUUAUGAUCCAAAUCCUCAAAUAAUUCAACGUAAAGGUUCAAAUUCAGUAACAUAUAAACAAAAUAUAAUUGUUCGUUUUUUACAACCACCACCGAUUCCAAAUGCUGGUCCACUUGUUAUUAAAGAAAUAAGUCCUCAACAACAACCACCAUUACCACCUUUGGUUAUUAAACAACGUCCAACACCACCAAAAACUCCACCACCACUUGUUAUUCGUGAAAAACCACCACCACUUCCACCAACUCUUGCAACAAAAGUGAUAACUCGACAUUUACCGCCUGACCCAACUCCACCACGAGCUGUAAUUAUAGAACGUUUACCUCCAUUACCACCUAAACCAAGGGAUAUUAUAAUUGAACGUUGGUUACCAUAUGAAAUAGUCAAUCAAAAACGUAAAGUUAUUAAUGCUUUUUCUUUUAUUUUUGUUUUAUAUAGUUAUGAACCUGUUCAUGCAAAAAUUGAACGUCAUUUUCAAAAACAAAGUGUUAUUCGUGAAGAUCCUCAAGCAUAUACAAAUCGUUUUGGUGAACAAUUAGUUGAACCAGCUGUUGUUAUUGAACAAGCUCGUGCUGCUGGAGUUCUUGAAGAUCUUGAUCCACCAGUAUCAUUUCUUACAUCAACAACUCAUAGCGUUGCUAUAGGUACAGAUUAUGAAACAACAAUAAAAACAACUGCUGAACAUGAACCAGAACAAAUUAAUAAUAAGGAUCAACAAGAAGAAAAAGAAAUUCUUCCAACAUCUAUUGAAAAUAUGCAAGAUGAUGAUGUUUUUGUUGAAGAAAAUGUUACACCUUUCUAUAUGAAUUCAGGUGAAAGUCUUCAACAAACACUUCAUCGUUUAGGUAUUGAAAUACCAAAAAAUAUCUUAAAUGAACAUCAAUUUUGA